AUGGAUCCCGACGAAAUUUAUGAAGAAUUUUAUGAAGAAUCCAUGAUACCAAGAUUAACAGCAUUGGAAGGCACGAGGAUAGCAGAAUAUCCCGGCACGGGAAGAGCCACGCUUGAAAUUGAGCUGAUAGAGAAACGCCUUACGUUGAAUUAUGACGAUGGUGAAGUCCUCCUCGAACACGAAUUAGAGACCCACCAAUCUUAUCUCCCCCAACUCUCACCUCGACAGCUCACCGAACCGUACCUGCUCAGACCUAUUCUCUACGACAAUCCAUUCGUCAACAACCUCUUAGCACAAAAUGAUUUGGAUCUAUUGGCCGAAGAUAUUGCAUUCUAUGCACGGGGUUUGUUUUCUUCUCCCGACUCCUCUAAUUAUUUGUCAACGUUGGCUUGGACUGGGGAUGGAGCUUACAUCUUCGCACAAGUGGAGGCUGCCAGCGGUGUCUACGUUAAGAGGAUGAGCCAACAGCAGCUGGAUGAUCAUGGUCCUUGUCCCAUUUGUUUGGAAGCCUACUCCGCCGCCGCAAUGGAGCUAAUUCAACUACCUUGUCGCCACGUGUUUCAUGAACACUGCAUACUUUCUUGGUUGAAGAACGCCGCCACAUGUCCCAUGUGCCGCCGCCAGCAUCCACGAAGUCUGCAAACUCUCUUGGUAGAAGAAGAAAGCCUCUACUACAUGUCCGAUCUGCCGCCGCCAGCUUCCACGAACACUGCAUAG